AUGGAACGUUCCGGAAAAAACAUGAAGCAGACACUACGCGAUAACAUUGCUCGUUUUAUGGAAAACGCCGGCGGACGUGAAGUGAUCAUCACUGAGAUGAAAGUUCGGCCAUCAUCGCGGACGCAUGUAGCGUCUUCAGGACAAGUUGGUUCGUCGUUCAACGAAUCACCUGGAACUCCAGAUAAGACAGUGGAUUCCUUCAUUGUUAGUAUCCACUGA